CUCCCGCGGUUCGCGUUGCCAACUAUCGCGAUAUCUGGUGCUCGACUAAUUCGGGCGGAAGUAGUAUAGGAGCCUCUUUUCCGGCGGCCAUAGCGGAAUACUCGCCACCAUGAAGAUCAAUCAGUUUGUGACCUGCUCUCGGCGUAAGAACCGCAAGAGGCACUUCAAUGCCCCUUCACACAUCCGCAGGAAGAUCAUGUCCUCUCCUCUUUCCAAAGAGCUCCGCCAGAAGUACAACGUAAGGUCCAUGCCCAUCCGUAAGGACGAUGAGGUCCAGGUUGUCCGGGGACACUACAAAGGCCAGCAGAUUGGCAAAGUUGUCCAGGUGUACAGGAAGAAGUACGUCAUCUACAUUGAGCGUGUGCAGCGUGAGAAGGCCAAUGGCACCACAGUCCAUGUUGGCAUCCACCCUAGCAAGGUCGUGAUUACCAGGCUGAAGCUCGACAAGGAUCGCAAAAAGAUCCUGGAGCGCAAAGCCAAGUCUCGGCAAGACAUCAAGGAGAAGGGCAAAUACAAGGAGGAGACCAUUGAGAAAAUGCAAGAGUGAACGUUAUCUUUUGCUAACAAUAAAAGACUGUAAAAUCAAAA